UUUCUCUUCCGUCCAUUUCUUCUCCACUUCCAUCCAUUUCUUCUUCACGACUCUCCGCUAUAUUUUCCGAUUUCAACUUGUUCACCGAACGUCUCCAUUUCUUCUGCACGGGUCUCCAUUUCGACUUCAUCUCCGGCGGACGCUUCUCCACUUCCAUCCAUUUCGAUUUCAGGUUUGUUUUCACCGGACCUCUCCAUUUCUUAUCCACUCCUCUACAUUGGCAGUGCCGUAUCCAUCAUCUUUGAAGUCAAGUCUCAGUAUGGCUUCGACAUCAACUAACGGUCCCAUGUACAAGAUUGACCCUGCUCAUCAUUUUCAGUCUAUAGCGUUACAGGUUUGGGCAUAUGAGUCUAUACCAACCAUCACUGAAUGUGGUGUACAUAAAGUAAGCAACGAUGCAAUACCACGAAUGCUGAGGUGGGUGUGCGAACUAUCGCCGAAGUCUCAUGUCCUACAGAGGCAGGUGUUUGACUCACCAAUGUUCUUAAUUAACGUGGUAAUUGAGAUGAUGCCUGAAGAGGAGGAGCAUCUAAGAAUGUCUUCAGGGGAACUUGUUGAGAAAACUCAUCCAUAUAACACCGUUUCUGAGAAGAAUGGUGAUUCAAAACGACCAGGAGAAGCUAGUAAUGAUGACAAUGACUGCAAAAAGAGUAAGAAAAAGAAGAAGUGGAAGUCUAAGAUGAAAGAAGUUGUUCGAAAACUCAAAUAUCGAGUAGCGGUUCUCGAGAAUGAACGUGAAAGCCUAAAAUCAAUGCUGUCGACUAUAUUGAAACACCUUGAAGUUCAAAAAAAGGGUGAAGAAGGAGACUGCACGGGAGUUGAAGGUCAUGAUGCCCAGACCGAAGAUGUUGACACACCCGGUACACCUUCUUGGUUGAGGAUGCCCAAGGAGGAUGACACAAGUGAUGGGGUGAAACAUGUUGAACGUCAAAAGCAGGGUGUCGAAGCAAACCGCACGGAGGAUGACACAAUGGAUGAGUUGGAUAAGAAGGUUCAUAUUCAUUCGGAGGAGCCAGUAGACGUCGUUGACGAUUUGAACGAGGAAAUUGGAGUAAAAAGUCUUACUUAUUUUGAUUCAGACGUCAUGGAAAUAGAACCAUUAUCCACUGAACGACCACAUGUUCGGCCCGCACGUAGCAAGCGUGCAAGUGUAUACUUGUCAACCCCCUUCACAGCUUUAGAUAAACGGACUACAAAAUCAAUCACCACCACCUCUCAGUCUCAACCAUCCGUCUAUGAUCCUAUGCACAAAAUACCUGACGCCCAUUUAGAUCGACUCAGAGCUUGGAUCACAGACAAGCGUACGAAAGAUGAGGUGCGUGAAACUUUUCACGGGAAAAAAUCGAAGGAGUUUUUCAGAGACUUGUUCAUGUGUCGUCGGUGGUUGGCGGAUGAGCAUUUGGAUGCACUGUUUCUUCUCAUUCGCUUCAACAUUAAGACAGCCAUGAUACCUACUGCUCAAAACUUCACAACUGUAGACACACUAUUCAUGCGACUAUUAGUUGCGAAGUGGCCUGAAUACCAAGAAUGUAUUAAAGAGAAUCGACCAUUUCACUGGAAGGAGGAGUAUCGGUUGGUUGACUAUGUUGUCGGAUCAAAACAAGACUGUCAAGAUCCUUGGGUGAAUGUUGAUUACAUUUACUCUCCAUUCAAUAUCCAUGGCAAUCAUUGGAUUCUAUUAUGCUUGGACUUGGUACGUUGUCAAGUUAAGGUAUGGGAUUCGCUUCCGUCGCUGACGAGUGCCGAAGAUAUGAGAAGCAUAUUAGAGCCAAUUCAAGAGAUGGUGCCAAAUUUGCUCGAUGCUACUGGAUUCUUUGUUAGGAGAGGCGGAUCAUCAACACACAAGGAACCUUGGCCACUUGUCAUUGUCGACUCCAUUCCACUUCAACGCAACAAUAGUGAUUGUGGUGUAUUUACAAUUAAGUAUUUCGAAUAUGAAGCUUCUGGUUUAGAUGUAGCUACAUUAUGUCAAGAAAACAUGUCAUAUUUUAGAAAACAAUUGGCAUUUCAAUUAUGGACCAACAAUCCCAUGUAUUGACUUU